AUCAAUAACUUCAAGAUUGACGACGUACCUAAAAUGUACCAUCACCGUUUAUAGUUUUAAAAAAAGCGAUAUUAAACGAAAGCGAGGCGGCCGGCAAUAGUAAUCGGUAUCGGUAUUUCCAUUUUGUUUAUGUUAUAUUAAAUAACUUAACGGAUAAACAAGUCUGUCGACUUUUUGCUCGUUUGCAUACUGUGAAAAUCACAUAUCAAUUCACGCUUUCUUCGCAAAAAAAGUAACGAUCGUGAUAUGUGAUUUUUAAAUAUCAGUGAAAAAAUCACAGUUCGUGAAAUAUCGCUCAUCUCUAGUCAAACGUCAGUUUGAAAUUAAAAAUGUCGCGGUGAAGCCGUUCGAACGUUGUGCGAUUGUCAUCGGUACGUGUCGUAAAUAAAAGGAAAAUAAGAUGGCAAAUAAUGGAUAUAUCGUGUUUUGUACGAAAAAAGGUAAAACGAGUGAGCCUUUUCAACUGGCAAUUGGAGAACAACGAUUCGGUUCAGCUGCUUCUAAUGAAAUCAGAUUAAAGAAACCCCAUCCACUGCUACUGGGAGAACAUGCAGUGCUCAGUGUAAACGAAAACGGAAUAGCUAUUCUGACAAAUAAAUCGGAAGGAUCUACUGUAACUAUAAAUAACAAGCCUGUGAUUAAACCAACAAUACUGAAGCACAAAGAUCAAUUUGAUAUUCUGGGAACAGUGUUUCAGUAUUUUAAUGAGAAAACUCUGCAUCAUGAUUUUAAGGAUGAACUGAGGCAUUUACCUACAAGAAAAAGAUCAAUACAUCCCCUAUUAAAAAUAUCAUACAAAACAUCACCUAAAAAAUCACCCAAUACUAAGCCAGUUCAUAUGACACCAAGUAAAUCCAACAUUUCGCCAAGAUGCAAAACAGAAUCAAAGGUUUCAAAAAAUAUCCGAUUAUUUCCAAGCGGAAGACGAGGAAUAUCUUUGGGGAAGCACACUAAUAAAUCCAAUUCAACUUCUAAAGUGUCUUCCAGAAACAUACUACUUUCACAGUCAUUGAAUAUAUCCAAUGAUGAAGACCUAAGACCUUCAACAUCAAACAUAAAAUCUGGUAGAAGAAGUUUAAAUGUUUCAAAAAAUAACCUUAAUUCGCCAAGAUCAGUCUCUACGGGAAAAAUAAAUGUAUUAAAGAAUCCCACACCAAAAGAUAAAAGAAAUAGCCGAAAUUCUUUAUUAAGAAGAACUUUAAAUAAAGCUCACGAGAGAAGCCGAUAUUCUUUUGCUUCCGAAGCUCCAACAGAAGGUUCUCCUUUAAAUAUACCAAGUUCUCUGGAGUCUACACCAAAAAAUGUAUCACCAAAUUCAUUUAUUGGAGACCAGACUACUACUAAUGAAGAAAUAUCAAAGAAACUAUCAAGGUCGUUGAGAAAUAGUCGCAGCAAUAUAGAAGGAUCUUUAGUUGUUAAUGUGGAUGAAGAAUCAGUCUUCAACGAUAUAUCAAGUUCGAUAAUUUCUAAUAAUGAGACAUACAAAGAAGUUAAAGACCAUUCACCGAAUAUGUCUAAUAUUUCUGGAAGAAAAUCUUUCAGACAGUCCACAAAUUCACCCUCGGUAAAAACUACUCCUUUGAAUAAAAGUUUGUCAAAUGAACUUGAUGCAUCUGUAAGAAAAUCGAGGUAUUCUGUAAAUGAAUCACCAAAACCUGACAGAAGUUCUUUAAGAAGAGAAUCUCGACAAAGUUUGAACAAAUCUUAUUUGAGUGAAGCAGAUUCUUCACUAACUCGAGACAAAUCAAUAAAUACAUCGAGAAGGAGCUCAAAAAUCAUGCAAAAUAUUAAAGCUGUCACUGAUGAACAUUCUGAUUAUAAUUUAGACGCUGAUGAUUUUCAGUCUCCAGUUAAUAGGGCUACUUCUACUAGGAAUAGUAGAAUUAAAAUAAUAGAAGACGAUAAAGCUGUCACAGAUGAGGAAUCUGUAAGUGGGGAUAUUGAAACUACACCUAAUAAUGUCAGUCCUCACAGUAGAAGCUCCUUAAGAAGAAAGAGUCACCAAGAAAGCCCAGCCAAUGUAUCUAGAAGAAGCAGUAUGAAAAUAGUAGAUGAUAAAGCUGUAACAGAGGGGGAGUCUGUAAGUGAGGAUUUAGAAGCUACUCUCAAUAAUGUUAGUUCUCAUAAUAGAAGCUCCUUAAGAAGAAAGACUCACCAAGAAAGCCCAGUCGAUGUAUCUAGAAGAAGCAGUAUGAAAAUAGUAGAUGAUAAAGCUGUAACAGAUGAGGAGUCUGUAAGUGAGGAUUUAGAAGCUACUCUCAAUAAUGUUAGUUCUCAUAAUAGAAGCUCCUUAAGAAGAAAGACUCACCAAGAAAGCCCAGCCGAUGUAUCUAGAAGAAGCAGUAUGAAAAUAGUAGAUGCUAAAGCUGUAACAGAUGAGGAGUCUGUAAGUGAGGAUUUAAAAGCUACUCCCAAUAAUGUUAGUUCUCAUAAUAGAAGCUCCCUAAGAAGAAAGACUCACCAAGAAAGCCCAGUCGAUGUAUCUAGAAGAAGCAGUAUGAAAAUAGUAGAUGAUAAAGCUGUAACAGAUGAGGAGUCUGUAAGUGAGGAUUUAGAAGCUACUCCCAAUAAUGUUAGUUCUCAUAAUAGAAGCUCCCUAAGAAGAAAGAGCCACCAAGAAAGUCCAGUCAAUGGAUCUAGAAGAGGCAGUAUCAAAAUAAUUGAAGAUGACAAAACUGUAACAGAUAAGGAAUCUGAAAGUGAGGGUAUUGAAGCUACACCUAAUAAUGUUAGUUCUCACAAUAGAAGCUCCUUAAGAAGAAAGAGUCUACAAGUAAGCUCCGUCAAUGGAUCUAGAAGAAGCAGCAUUAAAAUAAUAAAAGGUGAUAAAGCUGUAACAGAUGAGUCUGAAACUGAGGAUGCUGAAACUAAUAAUGUUAGUUCUCACAAUAGAAGCUCCUUAAGAAGGAGUCAAGUAAGCUCAGUCAAUAUAUCUAGAAGAAGCAGUAUGAAAAUAAUAGAAGAUAAUAAAGCUGUAACAGAUCAAGAGUCUAUAAUUGAAGAUAUAGAAACUAUACCUAAUAAUGUUAGUUCUCAUAAUAGAAGUUCUUUAAGAAGAAGUCAACAAAGUUUGAAUGUAUCUAAUGUAAGUGAGGUAGAUACUUCAUUUUUAAAAGAUGAUGUUUUAAAAGCAGAUAACUCAAUCAGAAGAUCUAUUAGAAAGAGUACUAAAACCAAUGAUAAUGAUAGUUUAGUAUUAACAGAUGAGAAGCCCAAUUACAUUUUAGGUGACAAUGAAGAACUUGAAUCUACAGCCAAAAACGCUAGUGGUGUUAGAAAUAGUAGGAGCUCUUUAAGUAGGAAAUCAGCACAAGUUUUGAACAUAUCUGAUUCAAAUAUAAGAGAUCUAUCGUCUACAGAAGAUAACUCGCCCAGUGGAUCCAGAAGAAAGAGUUCUAAAACAACAGAGAAUGAUACAGAUGAGGAUUCUGGCUAUAAUUUUGUUUUAAGUGAUGAUACAGAAACUACAGCUGAUAAAUCUGCUUUGACUAGGAAUAGUAGAAGCUCUUUGGGGAGCAGAAAAAGUCAGACAAAUUUGAAUGCCUCUAAUGUAAGUGAAGUGGAUCCUUUACUUAUUGAAAAUGAUGCAUUUUCUGCAAAUAACUCAGUUAGAAGAUCUAUAAGAAAGAGUUCAAUUAUAAAUGACGAUAUUCGAGUUAAUGGAGAAAAUUCCGAGUCUGUUUUAGAAGCAAGUUAUACCUCAGAAGGUAAUAAUUCCAGUGCUGUUAGAAAUGGUAGAAGUUCAGUAAGCAGGAAAUCUCAACUAAUAUCUAAUAUAAGUAAAGCAGAUCUUUCAUUGAAACAAGAUAACUCUAGCAGUGGAUCUAGAAGAAAUAGUACCAAAGUAAUAGAAAAUAAUCAAUUUUUAACAGUUGAGCAGUCAGGAAUUGAAACUAUUGACACUACAAAUAUUCAUGAGAAUGUCAUUAGAAAUAGUAGAGGCUUUUUGAGAAGAACAUCUGAACAAAUCUUGAAUGUAUCUAGCGGACCUGAAGCUGAUACAUCAUUUACAAAAGACAGUGAUUCUAAAACAGGCAGUCUGAACAGAGUCUCUACAAGAACAAGCUUCAAACUAACAGAAAGUGAUGCUGAAACUAUCAAUAAUGUCAGUUCUGUUAGAAACAGUAGAAGCUCAUUCAGAAACCAAUCCAGGCAAAGUCUGGAUGAAUCUACUGUAAGCAAAGUAGAUUCUUCAUUUACCAAAGAUGUCUCAACUGGUAGAUUAAGAAGAAGUUCCAAAAUUGCAGAAAAUAUUAAAACACCAUCAGUAAAUGAAAAGGAUAGUGUUAUUAUUAUCAAUGAUUCUACAAGAAAUAUUAUAGAUAUUGCUGACGAAGAUACAGUUGACUUAAAUUAUUCAAAUGCAAAGAAUUCUGCUAAAGAUGAGCCUUUAAUGCGUCACAGCAUUUUUGACGAGACCACGCAAGAUGUCCUCUCGCCUGUCAAGCGUAUAUCAGGAAUGCCUACUAUUGGCUCUGCCAGUACAACAAAAAAUAGUCCGUUCAGUCAUCUUAGCAACAUAUCGGGAAAUAUAUCUGCAAGGAGUCGUAUAUCUAGCGGUUGUAACAAUUCAAGUUUGAAUUCGCAAGAUUUGAAUCAGAGUACUACUUCGGUUAUAUCCGUGUCAUCGCAGAGUUUUUCGAGUUUUAAGAGAACUAGAAGUACUUCUGCGAAAGAUGGUACAGUUAAUGAACUUGUGGGAACACCAGAAUUGAAAAGCCGUAAUUCUAGACAGAGUACCACUUCGGUUAUUACCGUAUCUUCGCAGAGUCUUAAGAGAAGUGCUUCUGUUAAGGAUGGUACAGUUAGUGAAGAUGUUGGGACGCCAGAGUUGAAAAGCCGGAGUUCAAGAUUGAGUAGCACAGGACAGAAUACGACUCCUAUGAAGAACAACUCUUUGAGUUCAUCAUCGCAGUUGGACAGUUUUUGUACUUCCACGCCAUUCAUUAAACAGAACAUCAGCAAAAUACAACCUUCUAAAGACGCACACUCGGCAAUAGUUUCUCAUAAGAAGUCUACAGAUCUGAAGACCAACAUUGAUGCUGUUCCACAAAGAAAAAGCCUCAGACGUACCAGAUCUUUAUCGCAUAACUGCAUAUCUUGUGGGCACAUUGACGGCUCACAUGCCUCGCGUACGUUGAGCAGGUCUGUUUCCACCAUUGAAAUCGAUACUACAAAGAAAGAAGUCACUCCUCUUCUGCACAGAAAAUCCCACACUACGCCACUGUCAGUAACGCCCAAGAAAAUCUUUGACGACGGAGUAACUCCAAAGUCAGCCAUAAAACCGAACCGUUUGUCAACGAAGGUAACAACGCCACUGUACAAACCUCUAACUGAAGAUAUUACUCCAGUAACUCCCGAAAAAUUUGCUGCUACCGUUGACGAAUCAUUCAAAACACCCGUCAAUACCCCGGGAUUAUUUGACAGCAUCAAGGAAAGCGUCAUCAAAUCUCGAAAGAGGAAGAGGGAGAGUAACGGUAGCUUUAUAAAAGAACGUAAAAUAGCUAAGACAGAUCCAUCUCUAUCUGAAGAGACAGAAAUAAUCAAACACCCGAAAGUACAAAGGAAAAAACAAAACUCGCCCAAAAAUGACCUCACCAACUUGCCAAACUUGCGAUCCUUGGUGUCACCCAAAACUCAGAAAACUCCCAAAAACGAUUUAACCGAUGUGGCUGGAGUUAAAAAACUGUUUGAAAGAAAUACUCCUAAAAACGACUUGACUAAAGUUUCCGCCGUUAAGAAGAUCUUCCAGAAAAAUAGUCCAUUGAACGAUCUCAGAAAUAUACCAAGUUUGAAAGAACUGGUCACCGUCGAAGCAAAUUCGCCUAAAAACGAUUUAAGCGAUGUGAGAGGCUUGAAGAACAUGUUCCGCAAAAGUAUUGCCAACGAUCUUAGAAACGUACCGAAUUUGAAGAGAUUUAUGUCACCAAAAGCUCAAAAAUCACCUAAAAAUGAUCUGCAUAAUGUCAGUGCUGUUGCAAGUUUGUUCAAUGUGUCUGGAGUCGAGCAAUUGCAUCCAGACAGCGAUAUCGAGAACUCUGAAGAUCUGUUCAGUAGUCUGACUGGUCAAAAACCUAUUAAACAAUAUGGUAGGGGUAAAAGUAUGACUCCGGUUAAAAAUGAAGCUAACAAUUUAACAAAAAGAAGAACUAUGGGUGAUAUACCUAUAUCUUCACCUAGAGUUCAAGAAUGGGUUAACGAACAAAGUGCUUUGACUGAAAAUUCAGCGAAAAAUACUUUGGUAAUUCAAGGAGAGACAGGAUCUCCUUACAGGUCAAGAAGUGGUCGCAUCAUUACACCAAAAAAGCCGUUUUCGGAGAUAGUAAACCAAAAGGAGAGCAGUAGAGUAACACCUGUUCAAACUACUAACUUGGAAAGCUCUAGUACUAAGAAAAAUCAUGCUGUAAAGACAGAAAUUCAACUUAAAGUUCCGAAAAAAGUCGCUUUUAAAGAUGAUGAUCAGUCGCUUGAAGCAGCUAAAGAAAAUAGCACACCAGUGGAUACAAUUUCACACGCAAAACGUCAAAAACUCGCAGCUGUUGAGGAUAACAGCCCGGUUAGGAAAAGCGGCAGGACUAGAAUGAAGAAACUAGAUGCCGAACCUACUGAACAGAUCUCUGAAGCUAUUUCACAAGAAAAUAGCGAAGAAUCUGCAAAAUCUAAAGAAAAUGAAACUACUAGUCCAGUACCAAUCAAAAGAUCCAGAAGAGCAAAAAACAAUACAGAAGAUAAUGUAGAAACAAAUACUUCAAAAGCUGAAAUAAUUGAUAAGAAAAAUAAGAAGGCCGAAGAAAAUACAGGAGAUUUAGAAGUAAAUUCAGGAAAAACCACUAAGAGAAAGGAGAAAGUAGAAGAUAAAGAAGAUGUGAACACAGAUGAUAACAUAGAAACACACGUAGAAAAAACGGGAAAGACCACUAGGAGAAAGAAGAAAGUUGAAGAGGUUAAAGAAGACUCAGAAGUUCCAACAAAUCCUGUUGUCCAAGAAGUUAAGAAGUCGUCAAGGAAAAAAGCCACCAACACACCUGAAAUAUCUGAAAACUUACCAUCACUUCAUGAAACUAAGCAAUCUACACGGGCUGGAAGAAGGAAAGUAGUUGAAGAUGCCUCAGAGCCAGAAAGUUUGGCUACUCCCGAAAUAACAGAGAAUGUAAAACCUAAAAGAGGAAGGGGCAAAGCAGUUAAGGAUAUAGCAGCAGCAGAAGAUGCUUCUACUUCAGAAGUAAUUGAAGGUUCAAAAUCAAGAAGAAGAGCUGUUAGAAAUGCAUCAGCUACAACAGAAAAUACUGCUACUCCAGAAGUAACUGAUGUAAAACCACAAAGGGGGAGAGUAGUUAGGUUUGCAUUAGCAACAGAAAAAAUUGCUACUCCUGAAGUAGUAGAAUCUGUUAAAUCUCGAAGAAGGAAGGCAGUUGAAGAAGAACCAACAGAAAAUGCUGCCAUUCCUGAGGUUACUGAAGAGGUGAAACCAAAAAGGGGAAGAGCAGUUAAAAAUGCAGCAAAAGGAGAAGAUGUUGGUACUCCUCAAGUAGUAGAAACUGCUAAAUCUCGAAGAAGGAAGGCAGUUGAAGAAGAACCAACAGAAAAUGCUGCCACUCCUGAGGUUACUGAAGAGGUAAAACCAAAAAGGGGAAGAGCAGUUAAAAAUGCAGCAAAAGGAGAAAAUGUUGGUACUCCUGAAGUAGUAGAAACUGGUAAAUCUCGAAGAAGGAAGGCAGUUGAAGAAGAACCAACAGAAAAUGUUGCUACUCCUGAGGUUACUGAAGAGGUAAAACCAAAAAGGGGAAGAGCGGUUAAAAAUGCAGCAAAAGGAGAAGAUGUUGGUACUCCUGAAGUAGUAGAAGCUGCUAAAUCUCGAAGAAGGAAGGCAGUUGAAGAAGAACCAACAGAAAAUGUUGCAACUCCUGAAGUUAAAGAAGAUGUAAAACCGAAAAGAGGAAGAGCAGUUAAAAAUGCAGCAAAAACAGAAGACGUGGAAGAUCCAACAGAAAAUGUGGCUACUUCUGCGACAAAUGAAGCUGUUAAACCAAGAAGAGGAAGAACAGUUAAAGAUGCUCCAAUACCAAAUAGUGUGGAUACUCCUGAAGUAACUAAACCAAAAAGAGGAAGAGCAAUUGCUGAUAAAGAAGAAACAGAAUCACCAAGUGUGUCAGAGAAAGUGCAGGCAACAAAACGUGGAAGAAAACAAGCAAGUGUAGAUGAAGAUAAAACUGAAGUUGCCACAAAAGAGGUUCAAAAGAAAACUGGAAGGAAAAAAGCUGCCCAAACAGUGGAAGUUGUCGAUGAAAAUACUGAGAACACUCCAGAAAAACGACUUGGUAGAUCAAGGAAAGCAAAAGAUGCAGAAAAUACGUUAACGCCUCAGAAGGCAGCGAAAAGACCAAAGAAGCAAGUUAAAGCAGACGAAAAUAAAGAUACUGUAGACCAAAAAGACUCCGAAACUCAUAUUUCUCCUAAAAAAACUCGCGGAAAGAGGGUUGCAACAAAAAAUACUAAGCAGGAAUUGGAAAACGUUUCCGAGAAUUCGGAAAAUGCUUCAGAAAAACGAGUUGGCAAAUCUAAGAACUCAUCAACUACCGAACCAGCCACAAAAAGGAAAUUAAAAAAUCAAAAAGAAAUACUUGGUAAUACUGAUGAUGACCAUUAUUAUUCAGAUGAUGAAGUCGUUUUCAAACGGCCAAGGAAGAAUGCUAAGAAAGAACAACAAAAUACAGCAACGGUGGAAGCGUCAGAUACAGGCAAGCGUUCUUUGCGUAAACGAAAGUAGAAGGUAUAUAUUUAGAUUUAAUUUUUGACUUAUUUAAAUGUAUAUAUGUAUGAUAGACUUAAAUUUUUGCCGAGAAGAAGCAUUUAUUUUAUAUAUGCAAGUUGUCAUGACAUGUGAAUGUCAAUUUUUUGUCUAUUGACGUUAGUUUUUAAUGUGUGCAUUGCCCUAAUAUUUAUAUACAUAUUUUUAUAAAAUAAAACUUUGAAUUAUUUGAAAUUGUUGUUCUCGAUAUUUUGUACAAAUUCAAUUUGUGACAGUUUGAAUGAAGAAAAAUUCCGACGCUCUAGUAUACACUUUCAAACAUUUGUAUAAAAAAAAAAUUUAUCCAUUAUAUACUGUAUGAUCCAAAAAACGGCAUCCGUUGGCUUGGAAAUGACGAUCAAUGACAUUCCCCAUAUGAUUUUAAAUAAAUACAUUAGACUCAUAGAUUUAUUUUAUUUUCUAUACUACUCCAUAAAGUUUGUCUAGCGAGAGAAUAUAUGGUUUCGACUUUUGUCAUCAUUAUUGUCGUCUGGUCUUGCUGGAUAGAGUAUGUUUUUAUACAUAAAAUGUAAUAUAUCUAAAUUAUAUGAAUCUUUUCGGGCUAUAAAAAUAUCGUUAAAUUCCAUUCUAAGGCAGGUGUUUGAAAGUAUAUGCAUAUUUUAUAAAACUCACUUUUUUCCAAAGCUUUAUUGAAUUACUGAUUACUUAUAAGUUUAAACUUAUCUUUAUUUGAUAUGAUCAAGAAUAGUGUUUAGGCUUCAAAAAAUAUAUUUAUACAUUUUUAUUAGAAAGUAGAUUAGAUACCGUAUGAUCGAAAAAAAUGCAUCCAGUUUGCUGGGUAAUGACGGUCGAUGACAUUUCCAAUAUAAAUUUACAUAUAAAUAAAUGACUUCAAUGACUUCGUUUCAUAGCCAUCGCUGACGCCGUUUUUUGCGAUCAUACGGUACAAAUAUUUAGAAGAUAUAUUGAUUUAUUAGUUGUAUAUUUUUUUUUCUUUCUUCCGUAAUAAAA